AUGUCCCCCUUCCGAGUGUUGAUCGCUGGAGGCAGCAUCACCGGGCUGUCGUUGGCGCUGAUGUUGGAGAAAAAUAAUAUCGACUUUCUGGUUCUCGAAGCAUAUCCGGACAUUGCACCACAGGUUGGAGCUUCUUUGGGCUUACAGCCUAAUGGACUCCGGAUUCUUGACCAGUUGGGCUGUUGUGAUGAGCUUCUGGAACAUGCGAAGGGCCACACCGUGCAACACAGUAUUUACCGGGGGCCAGACGGGGAGAAAAUGUGGGAAGCCAGCAACCUAAGCGAUGAGGCUAUAGAACGACACGGGUAUCCAAUACCGUUUGUAGACCGACAAAAGGUUCUUCAAACACUAUACAACAAAGUUCAGGAUAAAAGCAAGAUUCUCACCAGGAAGAAAGUAAAGACCAUAGACAACUCUGAGUCGACUGGCGUAAAGGUUACUACGACAGAUGGAUCUGUAUACAGUGGUGAUCUUGUCGUCGGUGCCGACGGUAUUCAUUCAAUUGUUCGCCAGGAGAUGGCACGUCUAAACGUAGAUACUGGUCGAGAUUACCUGGAGGAGAAAUCAUUCUCUGCAACCUACUCCUGUGUCUUCGGAAUUUCACACCGAACUCCUGGCAUCGAACCUUGCACCCUCCAGGACGUGUUUAACGAGAAGUUCUCUUACCUGGUGGCCGACGGGCCUGGCGAUCGUACCUAUUUCUUCCUGUUUGAACACAUGGACAGGGUGCGAUUUGGCCAGGAGAUUCCUCGACUGACGGAGGCUGACAGAGACGAAAUCGUCGGCAGACAUCUCAAUGAUCCAAUUACCCCAGAGGUCAGGUUUGGUGACAUUUACGCCCGUCGAAUUAGAUCCGGCGUCACUCCACUGCAGGAGUACGUAUUUAAACAUUGGCAUUCUGGAAGAAUGAUCGCGCUCGGGGAUGCUAGUCAUAAGCUUCAUCCACUACCUGGGCAGGGAGCAAACUGCUGUCUCGAAACAACAGCAUGCUUCACCAAUGUCCUUGUGAAGCUGCUACGCGAUACACCUCCUGAAACGCCUGUUUCGGAUAGAGACAUUUCCAAUAUGUUCGAGACAGUUCAGCAGACCCGUCGGCCAAGGGUUAGUUGGCUCGUUGAGGCAGCUCACAGGCGUCAAAAGCUUGAGGCUAUGGACACACCCGAACUGAAGUCGUAUGUUGCGACGAGGAUACCAAGUCUCCCGGUCAAGGUUAUCCACAAGGAAUGGUUAAGGACCUUUCCACCUGCGGUAUCGCUGGAUAUGCUCCCGUUACCUAAGAGACCACAUAGUAUUCCGUAUCAUGAUGAGCUUGGUGUCCAGAAUAGCAAAGAGACCCGCAAGGGGUCGAAGUUAUAA